CGUGUUAUUGCAGCGUUCGAUUUCUUAGUGCUAUGACCACUUCCUGUAGGAGGAUAAGAGAACACGCACCGCUUUCAGCGUAGAACCGGAACAGGGAAGAGCUGUUUGCUGCUCUUAUGAUGACAUUUUUUAGUAGGCGCUGAAAUCUUCCUGGGUGCAAUAUUCUGAGAGCCUUUAGAUGGCAGAGGAGUGUAACAAGCUGCUUGAAUUCCCCUCAGUGGUAGAUCGAUAUUUUAAAAGAUGGUACAAAUCAGAUGUAAAGGGAAAGCCAUGUGAAGAUCAUUGCAUACUUCAGCAUUCAAAUCGAAUCUGUAUUAUUACACUAGCAGAAUGUCACCCACUUCUUCAAAAUGGAAAAACCAUUAAAACUAUUAGUUACCAGAUCAGUGCCAAUUGCAGCAGACUGCAGAACAAAGUCUCUGGAAAAUCCAAAAGGGGAAGACCCUUCAUUUUUCAACAAGAUAAUGCCAGACCACAUUCUGCAUCAAUCACAACAUCAUGGCUGCGUAGGAGAAGGAUCCGGGUACUGAAAUGGCCAGUCUGCAGUCCAGAUCUUUCACCUAUAGAGAACAUUUGGCACAUCAUACAGAGGAAGGGUGCUCAAUUCCUAACAGAACAUGCUCCAUUAUGUAGAAUAUCCAGCACAGAUGGUGAAGAAUACACUAUAUACAGUUGUAUCAGAGGUCGACUCCUAGAAGUAAAUGAAAAUAUCCUUCAAAAUCCUGAAUUAUUGAAAGAAAAGCCAUCCACAGAAGGUUAUAUUGCAGUUGUGCUUCCUAAAUUUGAAGAGAGCAAAACUGUUACAGAAGGACUUCUGUCUCAGCAAGAAUAUGAAGAAAUUUUACUGAGUCGUGCUGCUGUUGGAUCCGGGACUGUGUCGGCAGUGUAAUCUCUAUAGGCUUCUGAAUUGACUCAAUACACUUACCUCCAAGAGCAAAAUGACUUCUUUAAACAGCAAUGCAUCAGAAGGCAAAGAAGUUUGGCAUAUGUUUUAUUUUAAAGUUUAUUUUGUGCAACAUAUGAAUAAGUAGCAAAUAAUUUAUACCAGGACCAUAGAACAGCCUUAGUAAUCUUAAUGUCAUGUGACUUUAAAGCACUAAACAAAUUACGGUGACAAAUUUCUUAGUCUAUAGAUUAUAGUUUUUUGAGUAUUCUACUGAAUCCAAAAUUUUUUUGAUGCAUUCCUAGUCAGUGUGUAGUUUUUGUAUUAAAGUCUAUUUCUGGCUUACAAACAUUUGGUUUUACUAGGAUUUGUAUUUCUGCCAGGCACCGACUGUGGUACUUGAAGGCUGCAGAACAAAAAAUAAACCUGGUAUGAAAAUUCA